AUGUUCGAUAUUAGUUUGAUCAUUCUCACGGGAGCGUUGUCCGUACUGUUAUAUGUUGUUGUGAAAAGCCGAGCCAAUAAAGCUAAGUCAUCAAACCAUCGACAUGGCUACAAGCAUCCUGCUACUUAUCCUCACCUCGAUCCGUUCUUUGGACUCGACCUAAAGCUGCAAGAAAUCAGACAGUCUUUGAGAAAUCAAGGUAUUCCCUUUAUGUCAAACCUUCACAAAAAGUACGGAAAAACAAUCGAGGUGAACAACUUGGGUGCGUUGGAUCUACGAACCGUUGAUUCAGAAAAUCUUCAGACUGCCUGGUCUAUCAACAAUUCCGACUGGGGUUACCAACCUUACAGAUUACCCGUGAUGGGACCUUUCUGUGGGCGUGGGUUCAUUACCACCGACAAUGAGUCGUGGCAGAAAGCUAGAGUGCUUCUUCGACCCACGUUUAGCAAAGCGAAUAUCUCAGAUCUAAAACCGUUCAUAACUUCAGCAGAGGAGUUCUUCAAGGGCAUUCCGGAAGAUGGUCACACAACAGUAGAUCUACAACCUGCCCUAGCAAGUCUCUUCGUAGGUACCUCUAUGAAGUUCAUAUUGGGAAUUGCUCCCAGAUCCGGCACCGAUGGAAGACCGAGUGAAGUCACAGCUUUCCUGAAAGCGUUCCAAAAAUCGUUCCUUGGCAUGGGACUCUCAUUUAUGCUAGGUCCCAUACAAUUUCUCAUUCCGAAGUCAAUGAAAUCAGAGGCCUAUAAGCAAGUUCAAGAAUAUCUUGACUCGCUCAUCGAAACAGAAAUAAAUAACGCACAAAACGCUUCGAAAAUCCAAUCAAACGAGUUGAAUCAAAAAAGUCUUCUUCAAGGCCUUGUCAAAGAGACUGAUGAUCGUAUCAAGAUUCGUGACAAUGCACUACAGGGAAUGAUGGCUGUUCAGGACACAACACCUGUUCUCCUCAGUAACACGUUAUUUCUUCUCUCGCGCAACCCAAAGAUAUAUGACAGACUACGGGAUGAAGUGCAAUCAUUGGAUCUCGAAUCGUCACUGCAUUUGUACGAUAAACUACGCGAUCUUAGCUUUCUCCACAAUAUAAUUCAUGAAUCUCUUCGUCUCUAUCCAAUCUUUCCAACCCUUGCUCGUAUCUCAUUGACAGAUACUACUCUACCAAGAGGAGGAGGGAAAGAUGGCGAAUCGCCCAUCUAUGUACCCAAAGACACAAAGCUAUAUGCAAACUUUUACGGCUUACAUCGUGUUGAAUCGGUGUUUGGUCAUGACAUCGAAUCCUUCAACCCGGAUAGAUGGUACUCUAUCAAACCUAGCCCUUGGGAAUAUAUGCCUUUCGGAGGAGGGCCACGUGCCUGUGUGGGUCAGCAUAAGGCAUUAGCAGAGGCAUCGUACACGCUAGCAAAGUUCGCGCAGCAGUAUAAGAAAAUAGAGAGUCGAGAUGCAAGAGACUGGGCUGGUCAGCGGAAGUUGUCAUAUCCUACUGUCGAAGAGCAGCAUUCCCUUGCUCCAUACCAAACCAAAAAUAUCCAAACCAAACCACACAACACAAAACAAACCUCCCCACCAACCAUGCCCCGCACCUCGCAACCCGUCUUCUUCUUCUUCCUCGCCACUAUCACUAUCCUCCUCAUACUCUCCAUACAAGUGCAAGCACAAACUACCACCGGCCGUCCAUUUCCCAGCAUGCACGCCAACGGAACCUUCAACAACACCAGCACACGACACAACCCAUCCAAAACCAGCGUGGGUACCACGAGCUUCACGAUCACGGACUCGGGCGGAUUCGCAACGGGAACUAGUUUUAAUAGAGCGGGGGAAAGUAAGAUGACGCCGCGUUUGGCGGUGGGAGGUGGAGGAAAGCGACAACGUAAUGUGGAAGAUCGUCGGGUCGUGGGCAUGGAAUUGAAACUGGGAUUGGAAUUGGAAGAUCAAGAAUAG